AAAAGCGCAGAAAAGAAGCAAUUGCGUAUUAAAACUAGGAUUUGUUGUUAUAAAUAAUACGCUCUAGUAAAAACUAAUUGUUCAGUGACUGCCCAAUCACACUAGAAACAUGUCUUACGCAUAUUUGUUUAAAUAUAUAAUAAUUGGCGAUACUGGCGUUGGAAAAUCAUGCCUGCUGCUGCAAUUCACGGACAAGCGUUUUCAGCCAGUACACGAUUUGACAAUUGGUGUCGAGUUUGGUGCACGCAUGAUUACAAUUGAUGGCAAACAGAUUAAACUGCAAAUCUGGGAUACCGCAGGCCAGGAGGCUUUCAGAUCAAUAACACGCUCCUACUACCGUGGUGCUGCUGGCGCUUUGCUCGUCUACGACAUCACGAGACGCGAGACUUUUAAUCAUUUGACAACGUGGUUGGAAGAUGCUCGUCAGCAUUCAAAUUCAAACAUGGUGAUCAUGCUUAUAGGUAAUAAAAGUGACUUAGACUCCAGGCGUGAAGUCAAAAAGGAGGAGGGUGAGGCAUUCGCACGAGAGCAUGGACUUGUGUUUAUGGAAACUUCGGCGCGUACCGCCGCCAACGUGGAGGAGGCAUUUAUUAAUACCGCCAAAGAGAUUUACGAGAAAAUACAGGAGGGUGUGUUCGACAUAAACAAUGAGGCUAACGGCAUCAAAAUCGGUCCCCAGGCAUCACCUACAAAUCCAUCGCUCCCUGGCUCAGGCGGUGCGGCUGGUGCGGCAAAUAGUGGCUGUUGCUAGGGAUUGCCCACUGAUACAGAAACCCUUUAAGUAGCCGCUUCUGUAAAAGCUACUAGUAACUAACUAUUUGAGGAGGCAGUACAUAGAACCAGAUUAUUAUAACUGUUUUGAUUUCAAAUAAAAUAUUUAAUCCUCUAUACAACAAAUAA